CAGGACGCCCCAGAACAGGAGCCUCCCUCCAGGAGAGAGGACCCUGUGCCCACAGCAGCUGCUGCUUUUCUCCAGAAUUUCGGCACACCAGGCUGGCACGAUGCGCGUGGUGGUGAUUGGAGCAGGCGUCAUUGGGCUGUCCACUGCCCUCUGCAUCCACGAGCGCUACCACUCUGUCCUGCGGCCCCUCGAUGUGAAGGUCUACGCAGACCGCUUCACCCCGUUCACCACCACUGACGUAGCUGCUGGCCUCUGGCAGCCCUACACCUCUGAGCCCAGCAACCCACAGGAGGCGAACUGGAACCAACAGACCUUCAACUAUCUCCUGAGCCACAUCGGUUCUCCCAAUGCUGCAAACAUGGGUCUGACCCCAGUCUCAGGCUACAACCUCUUCCGUGAAGCUGUUCCGGACCCUUACUGGAAAGACAUGGUCCUGGGAUUCCGAAAGCUGACUCCCAGAGAACUGGACAUGUUUCCUGAUUAUAGAUAUGGCUGGUUCAACACAUCCCUGAUUCUGGAGGGAAGGAAGUACCUACAGUGGCUGACAGAAAGGUUAACUGAGAGGGGAGUGAAAUUCUUCCUGCGGAAGGUGGAAUCUUUUGAGGAGGUGGCAAGAGGUGGCGCUGAUGUGAUUAUCAACUGCACUGGGGUGUGGGCUGGGGUGCUGCAACCGGAUCCCCUGCUGCAGCCAGGCCGGGGGCAGAUCAUUAAGGUGGAUGCCCCUUGGCUGAAGAACUUCAUUAUCACCCAUGACCUAGAGAGAGGCAUCUACAACUCUCCAUACAUCAUUCCAGGGCUGCAGGCAGUGACACUUGGAGGCACCUUCCAGGUGGGGAACUGGAAUGAGAUAAAUAAUAUCCAGGACCACAACACCAUCUGGGAAGGCUGCUGCAGACUGGAGCCCACACUGAAGGAUGCAAAAAUUGUUGGUGAAUAUACUGGCUUCCGGCCAGUACGCCCCCAGGUUCGGCUAGAAAGAGAACAGCUUCGCUUUGGAUCUUCAAACACAGAGGUCAUCCACAACUAUGGCCAUGGAGGCUAUGGGCUCACCAUCCACUGGGGCUGUGCCCUGGAGGUGGCCAAGCUCUUUGGGAAAGUCCUGGAAGAAAGGAAUUUGCUCACAAUGCCACCAUCCCACCUCUGAAGACAUCAGUGACCACCGCCUCCCCACAAAACUCCCUGCUCCCCUCAGCCAACUACUCAAUGUGCUCCAUUGAUUCCCGUUCCCCCUCCUCCACCCCUGGCUCCUUUCUGCAAGAAGCACGAGGUGAGAGGAAACCAUGAGAUCAGUUCCUGGAGGCAAGUCCAACCCUACCUGGGGCCCCUCUGAUGGCUGAAGUCUUUCCACCAUCGUGGGCCUGACAUUACAAAGAACAGCUGGAGGCUCUUAUCCCACAAGUCUGCAGAAAGAAGGAAAGCUCAGAAAAUCCCAGUGGUGAGCAGAAAAUUGGGGAUGGAUGAAGUUAAGUAACCUCAUGAGAAAUCACGCUAACACAUUAAAAGUUCUGAAAAGUCCCACA